CUCUCUCCAACCGCCAUGACGUUGUACUCCAUGAAGAGAAGGAAACAACACGCUGACCAACUAACCAUCAUCGGCCUCCUUAUAGCCAACUUCCUGCGUCGCCGCUACCUCCACCGUCUUCUCGUUUCCGCCGUUUCCGGCUGCUUCCUGCUUCUCUUUGCCAUCUUCUCCCUGCUCGCGCCCUCCCCCAUGCAUCACCUUUCUUCGUUUAAUGGCAAAGUCGGGUCUCCAUUGAAGUCCCAUCGGGGUUCGGUGCUUCAUGUUCCAGCAAAUGGAGGUAGUUUAGGUCGUGAUUUAUGGAGUUCGACUCGUUCGCACCUUUACUAUGGCUGCAGCAAUGCCAGCGACAUAUUUUUAAAUUCUAAUAUCAAAACGAAUCCAAGUCGAUACUUGUUGAUUGCCACCAGUGGAGGAUUGAAUCAACAAAGAACAGGGAUUAUAGAUGCAGUUGUAGCAGCAUAUCUUUUGAAUGCUACGCUUGUUGUUCCCACACUCGAUCAGCAAUCCUUCUGGAAAGACACAAGCAACUUCGCAGAAAUAUUUGAUGUGGACUGGUUCAUAUCUUUCCUUUGGAAUGAUGUUAGAAUUAUUAAACAGCUUUCAAAUGAGGGAGGGAAAUCUGUGAUUCCGUAUUCAAUCCGUGUUCCAAGGAAAUGCACUCCUGAGUGCUAUGAAGAUCGUGUUUUACCUCAUCUUGUCAAGAGGCACGUUGUUCAGCUCACGAAGUUUGACUACAGACUUUCUAAUAGGUUGGAUGCAGAUCUUCAAAGGCUGAGGUGCCGUGUGAACUACCAUGCUCUUAAAUUUACCGAAUCUAUACGAGGAAUGGGUAGAUUAUUAGUUGAGCGUAUGAGAAUGAAAAGCAAGCAUUUUGUUGCUCUGCAUUUGAGGUAUGAACCCGACAUGCUUGCAUUCUCCGGAUGCUAUUAUGGCGGAGGGGAGAGGGAGAGAAGAGAACUUGGAGAAAUUCGGAAGCGAUGGAAAAGUUUACAUUCACAGGCAAGUAACCCUGACAAAGUACGAAGGCACGGAAGAUGCCCGCUUACCCCUGAGGAAGUGGGUCUUAUGCUGAGAGCAUUAGGCUUUGGAAGCGAUGUGCACUUGUACGUGGCAUCUGGAGAUGUAUAUGGAGGUGAGGAAACAUUAGCGCCGCUCAAGGCUCUUUUCCCGAACUUCCAUUCCAAGGAGACCUUACUUGGCAAGCAAGAGUUGGCACCAUUUGCGCCGUUUUCUUCUCGCAUGGCAGCAAUUGAUUUCAUAGUUUGUGAUGAAAGCGACGUUUUUGUCACCAAUAACAACGGUAACAUGGCUAAAAUGCUGGCUGGAAGGAGGAGAUACUUGGGCCACAAACCUACCAUUCGGCCAAAUGCUAAGAAGUUGUACCGGUUGUUUAUGAACAAGAACAUCAUGACUUGGGAGGAAUUCGCAUCCCGGGUUCGAACUUACCAGGUCGGAUUCAUGGGAGAGCCAAAUGAGUUAAAUCCUGGCACGGGUGAGUUUCAUGAAAAUCCUUCAACUUGCAUAUGCCAAGACGCUGAGGCAAAGGCUGGGUACGUUCCCUAUCGUGGAAAGCAAGCUCGUGAGAGUUUUGAAGGUAGUGAGAUGGAUGAUAAAAAUGCGGAUAUUGGUGAUAUGAAAGAAGAGUAUCUGUUUACUGAGGAGGAGUGAUCUAAUCUGUAAUGUGGAGUAUUUGGACAAGUGAGGUCAGAUUCAUCUCCUAAAAGGAUAUAGAACAAAUUCAGUUCCUGUUUUAGAAGAAUUCUUUUCAGAUUCAGAUUGGCAGGAAGAGAAAGUCUGGUUCAUUCAGCACCCAUUUCUAACGCGGCAUUCGUCUCCAGGGACGGGAUUUUUAGUUAGAAGAUUUUGAUUUGAAGGGGACGUGCUUGGAAUAUUCGGUGAAUAGAGAUUGAGAAAUGUGGACAAGAAUGGGCCUUGAAUUUUAAGCCUGUUGUGAUAUAGCCUUAAUGAAUAAAGAGCAAUAUUUAAGUCAUCCGUCUACAGAACCAUUUUUAACGGAAAAAUGAAUGCAGAGCUUGCGUAGCAUAGGCCAUUA